AAAAAAAAAAAGAUCAAGUUGGAAGCAAGCGAAUCACACCCGAACUCAUAACACACAAGCCACUCCAAAAAGAAGAGAACGAUGCAACUGCUGCUCUACUCCGGCUGCUUGUUGGUCACCAUCCUGAGCCUGAUCCUCUCGAUAUACACCCUCCAAUCACCCACUUGGAUAAGAUUCGAUACGCCCAGUUCGUCGCCAUUCCAAUACUCAUCAAUCUAUGGCUUGACCCAGAAAUGCGACAAGUCGAACUUGCAUCCGGAGUUCCAAUGUCGCCGGUUCCCGCAAGUGGACCGAGACUGUCAAGGGGGGAGCCGACCCGAUGAGAUGACGAGCCGCUUCACAGGCCACCAAUACGAAGUGAUGAAGAACAACCAAACCACGCUCGCGCCGAGUGGCCCACGAAGGAGAUCCAGUCGAAUCGUCCUCGCUCGGCGGAGGCUCCGUGAUCCUCACCGAUCUUCUCUCUCAAAGAAACGGAUUCGGGUUCUGCGAGAAGUGGAGAACCGCCGCCUAUACCGCUCAGCUCUCCAUCGUCAUCGCCGUCAUCAAUCUCUUCGCUACCUUCUUGAUCCUCAUCGGCAACAAUUAUCGGCAAGAACACGGCUGGAAGAUCUGUGCUGGUCUUGUCUCCAUUCACGCUGUUUUCCAAUCCUUGGCCUGGAUCUUGAUCCUCAACGUGUUCAACCAAGACGACCGAUUCUACUUCGGCUCGCGCCUCUCGACCAGCAUCUACAUCUCCAUCAUCACCAGUGCCCUCGAUCUCAUCUUCCUCACCGCCAUCGUUGCCGCCGGCUUCACUGGCAUCUUCGUCCCCGCUUCUUCCUCUUCUUCUUCUUCUGGCGUCGAUCGGAGGGAUGAGUAUGAACGUAUCCAGUAAUCCGUUUCGAUUCACACUUUCAAGCAUCUUGUACUUUUUCUCUUCUUCUCUAUUUUUCUAUCGUAAAUCUUCUGUACGUGUCCAGUUGUGUACUUUUUGAUCGUCGUUGUUGGUGUGGACACAGCUUUGAGUUGGAUUUUUCUUUUCUUUCUUAUCAUCCAUUGAUCCAGCUCCCGUCCCACCUCUUUCUUUCUCUCUCUCUCUCUCUCGUGUUCACAAAAAAAAAGUAGUUGUCCACAAUGCCCAUAUACAUUCCAAUAUUUAUGUACUGACCAAAUAGAGUUAUGGCAUGAAGUGAGAGCACAGCGUGGAUGAACGUCAACACGGCCUGAUCCGAAGAUACGUACCCAGUGUACAUACAGCUUAUAACAAGGGAUAGAGAGAGAGAGAGGCAAACAGUGCUCCUCAACAACUGCC